AUGAAAGGAAUUGAUUUGUUCUGUUCUUCCCCUGCUUCCACAGCAAUAACUUCUAGUAUGCACCAUCGUUGUAGAAGCACCAAAAGCUACGACCAUGAUCGAAGGAAAACCCAACUUCAUGUUCCUUGUUCAUCUCAUUUGCCCAUCAAUCCUAAGCCUUACUUCGAGAAGCAUAGAAAGAGUUCAGCAGAUAAGCAAAACAGUGACAUGCGUAGAAAAAGUUCUGUUGAUAUCAAUGACUUGUUUAUUCAUCCUAGUAGUGAUGGUUCAUCAAGAAGAUAUCUCCUUGGUGAUGCUCCAUUCAUUGAUUGGGUAUCUGAGUCUAAUAAAAUCCCAACAAUGGCUCCUUCUCUGCAUGACGCCAAAGGCAACUCCAAAGUUAUGACCAAAAACGAUUCUCCUACUCUUAAGUCCUCUUCUUCAGCUCACUCCAAGGACCAGGUUGUGGUGUUGAGGGUGUCAUUGCACUGCAAGGCCUGCGAAGGAAAAGUUAGGAAACAUAUUUCAAAAAUGGAAGGAGUAACUUCGUUCAGCAUAGACAUGGAGACAAAGAAAGUGACCAUCAUCGGAGAUGUGACACCACUAGGGGUACUGGCUAGUGUAUCCAAGGUGAAGAAUGCACAGCUAUGGUCAUCUACAACAGCAUCAUCUUCAUUAGUAUUAUCAUCAUCUUCUAGGCCAACAUUUCCAUGGUCGACAUAA